AUGCCCUGGUCAUCAGCCCUACUAAUUCAGUCUGAGAUGGAAGUGGCCACCCUCUCCAAAAUGCUUAAGUCUCCUGAUCUCAAUGAAGAGUCUUUGCACCCUAGGAUUAUCAUUGCCUUAUUUGAAAUUGGAUCACUUCCCCCUGUUUCUUGCAGUUCUCUCCCUUCCCAAAAAAACUGAAGUGACCAUGAAGCAACUGAACAACGAAUUGCAAAGAAGUUUGAAAACCUCUUAAAAGAAAUUAAAGAUAUUGUUAAACAUAAGACAAGUUAUGAAGAGAAGAUCAUAGAAACAAAAGAAUCUUUUGAGGAAACCAAUAUCUCUGAGGAUGUGUCAGAACUUAAAGAAAAAAUCAGAGAACUUGAUAAAAUAAAUAAAGUACUAUUGGAAAAGCUACUUGCUAGUUGGGACUUAGGGAAAGAACAGAACUCAAAGAAACAGGAGAUGAUGUUGGAAAACCAGAACUCCAAGGACACCAUGCAAGGUUGUGCAAGGGAUUUGGUAAACUGUUCAGAAGAAAAAAGAGCCCUUCAUGAAACUCAACUAAGUAAGGAAAAAGCAAAGCACAGAUUUCCUCUUGUCCAAGAAGAAAAUAUCAAACUGAGGUACAAUAUGGAGCAGUUACUACAGGAAGCAAAACACUGGAGUGUGCAACAUACUGAGCUCAGUGAACUAAUAAAGUCCUAUCAGAAAUCUCAGACAGACAUCAAAACUCUUGAAAAUAAUGGCGCCCAUUCCCCAACUCAAACGAAUAAUGGGGUGUCAGCUAAGCAUGAGCUGGAAGAACAAGUGAGGAAACUGAAACAAGACACAUAUUCACUGCAUUUGAUUGCAGCUCUGCUGGAGAAUGAAUGCCAAAUCUUAGAGCAGAGGGUAGAGCUUCUCAAGGAAUUCCAUCAUCAGAAAGAGGGACCUCUACAAGGGGAGCCAAUUCAGAUAAACUAUGAGCAGAACAAGACAGAACAGAAGCUAUCAGAGGCAGAGAAGGUCAAAAUACAUAAGCAAAACAUGCAAGAAAUGUUUCAAAAAGGAGACCAAUUCUAUAGAAGCCUGGAUGUUUGUCAUAAAAAGAAAGCUCGUAAUAAUUUGUUCAAUACUCAUAUUGCAAGAAGAGCUCUUGUAGGAAAAAAGAGGCCAGCCAGCAGCCUAAGUUAG